CUGCCGCCGCCGCCGCCGCCGCCGCCGCCGCCGCGCCGGUCUCCAGUGGGUGACGGUGAUCUGUCCGUGCGCCGGCGACAUGGUGGUGCUCUCGGUGCUGCUCGCGUCGCUCUGCUGCCUGCCAGCCGGCGAGCCACUGCGCAUGGUGAACUCCAACAUCCCCGUCUACAAGCAGGUCGGUGAGGAGACCACGCUGCUGUGCGACUAUGAUCUCGAGGGUGACAGCCUCUACUCGGUCAAGUGGUACAAGGAUGACGUCGAGUUCUACAGAUACAUGCCCAAAAACAACCCGGCCAAGCUCGUCUACCCUGACAUGCCCGGCAUCGAUGUUGAU